UUUCUGGCUUUCUGUCUCUGUCUCUAUCUGACCAGCGCACGUGCCCUCUAGCAAAAACCUCUCAGAAAAAAGAAAACUGGGGAAUUGAGGAGAGCCUGAGGUUCAGUUAGGGUAUGGGUCUGAAUGCUCAGCAAGAUUAUCAUGCCUUGACCAAAUGGAAGGUUAUUCUUCUCCUGUAGAAUUGUAAGCUUGUGGAAUGUAGUAGCACUCUUAACUGGUGCCUGCCAAUCUGCCUCGUCCCUAGGGAGCAGCGAUUUUAAGUGAUUCCAUUUCGAACUUAUAGUGCCAGAUAAAUUUGAAUAUUAGAAAAAAAAAAAAAAAAGUCUCAGCGUGUUCCACGGUGUCUUCAGGGUCCCAGGCCCCAUCCAUGUUGUGCUCUGCCGUACUCAGGGGUGGGCUGUACCCAGGUCCAGGAUGUCGACCAUCACUCCACAGUCCAACCAAAGGAAAGAUGAGGCAUCGAUACCAGCGGCCCAUUUAGCUUCAGGGAAAGCUGGAAAGUGUGGCCGGACAGAGUCAGCUCAGCCCAGUUAGAAACGAGCUGCGCGCCUCAGUCCUUCGAUUCCGCAAACUGGGAAGAGUGACCGUUCUCUUGCCUCUCAAGCCCCACCCCCUCGGCUCCUCUGGCCGGAAAUCGGUAAUCCACCGGAGAAUCCGCAGAGCGCCUGCGCGGAGUUCAGAGGAGCGGAAGUAGUCAUCUUUUGCUGUGCCGUAAAGCACGCCCAGCCGUCUCUCUUUCCGGUGGGCGACAACGGCUUGGGUCGUCAGUGCCGGAGGUCCUCGUGUGCUGGCGUCUGUCCGAUCCUUGGCGAUUCAAUUUCUUUCCAAUUCCGGCGUCUUCCCUAUCAUCGCCCUGUUCACGCUGGAUCAUGUUCAAGAAAUUUGAUGAAAAGGAAAAUGUGUCCAACUGCAUCCAGUUGAAAUCCUCGGUUAUUAAGGGUAUUAAGAACCAACUGAUAGAGCAAUUUUCAGGUAUCGAACCAUGGCUUAAUCAAAUCAUGCCUAAGAAAGAUCCUGUCAAAAUAGUCCGAUGCCACGAACAUAUCGAAAUCCUUACAGUAAAUGGAGAAUUACUAUUUUUUAGACAAAGAAGAGGGCCCUUCUAUCCAACCCUAAGGUUACUUCACAAAUAUCCCUUUAUCCUGCCACACCAGCAGGUCGAUAAAGGAGCUGUGAAGUUUGUGCUCAGUGGAGCAAAUAUCAUGUGUCCAGGUUUAACCUCUCCUGGAGCUAAACUUUACCCUGCCGGGGGAGAGACGAUUGUUGCAGUCAUGGCAGAAGGAAAACAGCACGCUCUGUGUGUUGGAGUCAUGAAGAUGUCUACAAAAGAUAUUGAAAGAGUCAACAAAGGAAUUGGCAUUGAAAAUAUUCAUUAUUUAAAUGAUGGGCUGUGGCACAUGAAGACUUACAAAUGAACUUAAGAAGGAACGUGCUUGGGCUAAAUGUGGAUAUUGUUUUGUGUGUGUGUGUGUGUGUGUGUGUGUGUGUCUGUGUGUGACAACCUGAGGACAAUGCCUUUAUGCUUAGGCUGAAUAAAUUCAACAGAUGCUUUAAAACAAUCAGGUUAUGGUUACAGUUGAAAUCGAAGGACAAGCAGCAGUCUGCUACACUUUGGAAUCUGAAAGGAAUGGCUGCAUCUGACCCUGAGCAAGUUCUACCACCUCUUGUUAGGAAGUUUGGAAAUGGAGGAUGGGUCUAACAACAGGAUGUCUGUCAGGGCCCUACCACAAGAGCAGCUUCAGGGAUUCCCUCCUGCCUUUUCUCCAGGUCUCCAUCUCUUCCUCCCCUGCUAGUGACUAGGGCUGCCAGCAGUCUUGAUUCCUCUGGUGGCAAAGUGGAAAGAUUCCAGAAGGAACUAGGACCUUGCUAAAGACCUGGGCUCAGUGACACCUGACGCUGAGCACCACCGUGUGCCAGGCACUGUGCUGAGUGCACUGUAAGGACUUUCUCAUUUACUCUCUCCAGCAAGUCUAUGAGGGAGGCACUGUUGGAGUUCCAUUUUACAGAUGAGGAAACUAAAGCUCAGAGAGAAAACUGCUUCUCUAAGUUCUCCCAGCCAUAGGUGGCAAAGCCUAUACUUCCAAAAUCCAGGGCAACCUCACACUGACCCCGAGCCAGGCCUGUGUUCUCUCUGGGCCUCUGUUCCCUCUUCUAGGAAAUUGAAAGGGUUGAGAGUGGCUCCGUUGAGCUCUCCCUGUCCUGAAACUCCCACCCAUCUGGGCCAGCCAAGGUUGAACUCCUUGGCCUGUGGGCCUCUGACAAUGCCCACAGCCAUGCCCUCCUC